AUGACGACGAGCAGUCACUGUGGCCGCCGUGCCGUCGCGUGCGCACUGGUGGCCAUCGCGGCCGCCGCGGUGUCUGUGGCUGGCAAACCGUACACGAGUUACACGCAGGACGAUUACGCGAGAGCGGUGCUCGCGCAGUACUUCCCCGGGGCUGCGUCAUCGAAGGUGAUCGAACUCACUCCAACCGAGCUCCCCGAACCUACUUCUUUCCGGUCUAGCAGAUCCGACGACCGCUGGGCCGUCAAAUCACCACCACUGGUCGGCCACGGCCACCCGGACGGUCCGCAGGCCGUGUCGGUGGUGGCUGUACCGUGCAAGGCGGCCGUCGCCGACCGGUCGCAUGCCAACGACACGUCGUCGGCGGUCACCGUCGAGAAGCUGUCCGCGUUCUACGAACAGCUGAAGAGUCAACAGGAGACUCUGGCCCGGCAACAGUUCCAGCAGCAACUGUACGAGCAGCAACAGCGCCGGCAGCAAGAGUUCGCGCUCAUGCAGCAGCAGAUUCAACAGCAGUACUACCAACAGCAGCAGCACGCCAUGUUCAUGUUGGACCAAAUGCGCAGAAAUCCGGCGUUCGUCGGUCAGCUGGCGGCGUUUGUCAACCACACGCCGACUUUUAACGCCUACAACGGGACCUCUGUGGCAUUGGCUCUACCGAAAGCUCAUCCGGAAGUCGCAGCCCACGACUGUGCCGAAAAACCACCGGCGAAGCAGGAGAAGGACCAAACCAUUGGUAACCAUAUGGUCAUCGAACAGGACAACGAUUCGGACGAUUCUGGAGCCAAGCGUCUGGACGCCAGACAGGUGGCCCGGCAGAAAGUCACCUCCUCCUCCUCCUCCUCCUCCUCCUCCUCAGACAAACACAAACCGGUGACGUACGAUGAAGAUAACGAAAAUGACGAAUACGAUCCUCCAGCCUCGUUCGAAGAUGAUCAAAGCCCUCCGAAACUGGAGAAGGUCUACAGCAGCAUGGCCAACGAGUGA